AUGCCACCAAAAGAAUCAAAAAAGGCAGUAGAAAAGGAUAAACAAAAAAAGGUUGAAGACAAGACCUUUGGUCUCAAGAAUAAGAAUAAAUCUAAAAAGGUUCAACAAUUUGUAAAGACUGUUGAACAACAAGCAACUGCCAAUGCAAACCAAAAGAAGGUCAAUCACAAGGCCGAAAUGGCAAAGAAGGAAAAGGAGUUAAAGGAAAAGGCCAAGCAAGAUAUGGCUGCCUUCCUUCAACCAACCAUUAUUCAAGCCAAGGUACCAUUGGGUGUCGAUCCAAAAUCAAUUGUUUGCGAGUUCUUUAAGGCUGGUUCAUGUGCAAAGGGUAACAAGUGUAAAUUUGCUCAUGAUUUGAAUGUUGCUAGAAAGGAUGCCAAGAUUGAUAUUUACACUGAUCGUCGUAAUGGUGAAGAUAAGGAAAAAGAUUUAAUGGAAACUUGGGAUGAUGAUAAACUCAAGAGUGUCGUUUCAACCAAACAAACUCAAACAAAUAAGAAUCUCAAGACUGCUAUUGUAUGUAAAUUUUUCCUUGAAGCCAUUGAAUCUGCCAAAUAUGGUUGGUUCUGGGAAUGUCCAAAUGGUGCAUCAUGCAUGUAUCAACAUUGUCUUCCACCAGGAUUCGUCCUUCAAAAGAAAAAGACAAAGGAAGAUGAAGUAGAAGAAAUCCCAAUUGAAGAACUUAUUGAAGAAGAGAGAGCCAAAUUAACAAAGUCAACACCAGUAACAUUAGAAACCUUUACCAAAUGGAAAGCAGAAAAGAAAAUUCAAAAAGAAAAGGCAGCCAAGGAUGCAGAAGAAAAGAGAAUGGCAGAUAUCAAGGCUGGCAAGACCUCUAUGAGUGGAAGAGAAAUGUUUGUUUUCAACCCAGACUUGUUUGUUGAUGAUGACUUUGCUAUCGAUGUCACAUCCAAAGAAUUUGAAGUUGAUCCAAAUGAUGUCACAUCUAUUGCUUCCACUGUCGACAAGAGCUUAUUUAUUGAAGAUGACGAUAUUCCAGACAUGUCAGAUGAUGAUGAAGAUGAAGAUGAUGAUGAGGAUGACGGUGAAGAUCAAGAGGAAGAUGAAGAAGACGACGAAUAA